AUGGUAACAACAGAAGAAGACGAGGAGCAGGAGAACCACAAUCGCAGCAAGACCAAGUCAGACCUGGCCGAGGAUUUUAUGCUGGGCUGGGAGACGGACAACGACCUCGAAAGACUCCAUUUGGGACUAUUGGCCGCCAACGGCAAGCACGACGACAAGUGCGAGGAUCUCCGGCGCAUGAGCCUCUUGCGCGGUGUCGAAGUGUGGGAUAUGAUGGUUUCGUGCGCGCGGAGCCGGAGGGACUCGCUGGCCAACCCGUCGUCCAUGGAGGGUCAGGACGUGUUGACGCAAAUGGGCAAACUGAUGCAACUCGGCACGCCAGAAGAAAAGGCGGCGGCCUUGGAUCUGCAGAAGGUUGACCCUCUGGCACAAGGAAAGGUGGCACAUCAGGGGAAUCAGAAAAGUCACCAGCAGCAAGGGCAGCAGCAGCAGCAGCAGCAAAAGAAGAGAAAGAGGAAUAAGCAGAAGAAGAGUCAACAAAAUCAGCAGCAGCAGCAACAACAACAACAACAACAACAACAGAAGCAAGGCCAAAAACGAACUGCCGAGUCCCAAGAGAAGCCUUCGCCACCCGCUGCCGCUACAGCAAACGCUCAGGGUGGUGUCACACCUGACCCCAGCAUCAAUGCCAAGACUGAUGGCGAUGCUGAGGGCGUGGAGACAGUAGCCCAUCGUGCGGCCAAAGCAGCCGAGAAGAAAGCCGAGAAAAAGAAGAACAGGUCUCUUAAGCGGAAGCUGAAGAGGGAGUCUGCCAAGAUUAUGCCGCAGACCCCAGAGUCAGUAGCACCCGUUCUCCAGGAGGCUUCUGUCUGGUAUACGAGCAAUGGCAACAAGACUCUCGAGGCGAUUACCGCUCAGAUUUCUGAACAUGAAGAGCAUGUUGAUGAGAAAAACGAGGGCCAUUUAAAAAGCCAGCCACUCGUAAGCGGCCAGGAGUCUACGAGUGGUGAAAUGUGCCUGAGCAACCAAAUCCAACAGGAACCAGAAAUCAACGAGCAAGAACAAGAACCUUUAAAUAUUGAGCUACCAAUGCUCGAUAUGGAAGAUGAGCCAGCAGCUGAAGCACCAGCAAGCGAAGGGCAAGAAGUCGAAGAAGCGGAUGAGUCUGUUGGUCAAACAACGAACAGCCCAGAAAAAACAGAACCCCAAACAUCAGAUCAAGAGCUUCCAGAUGGAAAACAAGCAGACCAAGAACUGGUAAACGAAAUAGAAAACGAGCCAGUGGAUGAAUCGAUGAAUGAAACACCAUCAGAUGGAACACCAGGAAACGAGGAUGGAGCUCAUGAAAACGAAGAGGAAGCUCAUGAAAACGAAGAAGGGGCACAUGAACAAGUCAACGAAACACCAGCAAAGGGGACAUCAGCGGCGAGAACUACGAGAUUGGAUGGAAAGAUUCCGCAGUCUGCGGCUCCAGCUAGGAUAUACGAAUUACGAUCAUCCACGAGAACACCCUUGAGAACGCCUGGCUCUGCAGGUACAAUUCGUCAGAGAGAUCGUGCCGCCACAGAUCCUACCCAAGGCAGACGCCAAAGCCUCCGGCUAGCAGCAAAGACUCCUAGCAAAGUUCCUCUUUCGGAAAGUACACCCGUUCGAGUAGAUUCUUCCAUCAUAGAACGCGCCGAAGGGAGGCGCCAGAGCCUUCGCGUCGCCUCCCAGACUCCAAGUCAGGAACGAAUCUCCACGUCAAAGUACUUUGCAACACCAAAUGCCAGCCCCCUCAAGCCAAAGAGUCCACGUCCACCUCGUGGUACAGUCUCGGCGCUGCCAUUCCCGACCCUUUCCGCCCCACGGUUCGGGCUCAUUCAGGAAGAGCUGGCCAGCGAUCCCUUUCGCCUCCUGAUAGCCAUCACCUUCCUCGUCAGGACGCCCGGUAGAAUCUCGGUGCCCGUUUUUUACGAAUUGAUGGAGAAGUACCCAACUCCGCACGCGCUACUCGUCGCCGGCCCUGAUGAGAUUGCAUCCAUGAUCAAACACCUUGGCUUGUCGGUCGUGCGGACUGCACAGAUUCAGAAAUACGCCCGCAUCUGGAUCAAGAGCCCGCCGAGCCGCGAGACCCGGUACGGUGUCAAGAACUACCCCGUACCUGGUGACGGCUCAGACGUCCGCGCCGGAGAGCAGCUGCCGGCGGAGAGCGAGGAUCCUAGGGCCUCGGCGUGGGAGAUUGGCCACAUGACGCAAGGGCCGUACGCCAUUGACAGCUGGCGCAUCUUUUGUCGUGACGUGCUGCUCGGCCGCGCCGAGGACUGGAAGGGCAAGGGCCGGGAGCCCGAGUUCCAGCCCGAGUGGAUGAGAGUCAUGCCGGCAGAUAAGGAGCUGAGGGCAUACCUGCGCUGGAUGUGGAUGCAAGAGGGAUGGGAUUGGGAUCCCAACACGGGCGACAAGAAGCCUCUGUCUGAGGAACUGAGAGAUGCUGUUGAUGAAGGCCGUGUCCAGUGGGACAAUACUGGAUCGCUGCAAAUUGUGGAAGUUGGUGAUGAGAUUGUUGUGGCGGGUUGA